GAGAAGGGGAAAGGAAAACAGCACAUGCUGAUACAAAAGCUCCAACCAGACUUGAAGUUAGAAGUUAGAGAUAACCAUAAAAAGAGAACUGCAUAAGCCUUGCAACUGAACAUCCAGAAAGGCACAAGAUGGACAAGAAGGACGAACCCAUGAGUUUCAACGAAGCCGUAAACAAGGCAGCCGGUUCAAUCCGGCGCUUUCCUCUGGUUGAGGUGCGAGGCAUCCCACUCAGGAAUUGGAUAGCUCAAAACUGGAGCUCCAUUUGGGCUUUCCGUCCAGAUCCAUCUGAUUUGCUCAUCUCCACCUACCCCAAAGCAGGUACCACAUGGACCCAAGAAAUUGUGGAUCUGCUGCUGCAUAAUGGAGAUGCUAUGAUUUGUAAGAGAGCUCCGACUGCCGCACGCUUCCCAUUUCUGGAGAACCAUUAUCCUCCUCCAGUUCCAUCAGGAUUGGACGUACUAAAAACAUUGAAACCUCCCAGAGUCAUCAAGACACACUUACCCAUACAGCUGGUGCCUGAAGGAUUCUGGGGAAAAAAAUGCAAGGUUAUUUAUGUGGCUCGAAAUGCUAAAGACAACCUGAUCAGCUACUACCAUUUUGACCAAAUGAAUCUGAUUCAUCCAGAACCAGGUUCAUGGGAAGAAUAUCUCCAGAAGUUCAUGGAGGGCAAAUUGGCCUGGGGAUCUUGGUACGACCAUGUGAAAGGUUACUGGAAAGAAAGAGAGAAGAGAAAUAUCCUUUACAUGUUCUUUGAGGACAUGAAAGAGAACCCUCGUCGAGAAAUAGUGAGGAUCAUGCGGUACCUGGACCUGUCGCUAUCUGAUGACAUCAUCGACAAGAUCGUGGAGUUGACGUCCUUUAAUGUCAUGAAGAACAACCCAAUGUCCAACUACUCGUCUGUCCCAAAGAUCAUAUUUGACCACUCCAUCUCUCCUUUCAUGAGAAAAGGGGAGGUUGGAGAUUGGACCAACUACUUCACACCAGCUCAGUCCCAGAUGUUUGAUGAAGACUACGCCAGAAAAAUGGCUGACGUGGACAUUCCCUUUCGCACCAGGAUAUGAAAGACGUCGUUGACAUGAAUCUAAACUGGUGCUGUCAUGAACGGUUUACUAAACACAGAUAUGCAAAGAUCAUUUAUUAGUCUAUGAAGGAUUUGUUAAAAGAAAAAUAAAACUUUGUAAAAGAAUCAGUUAUCUUUUAAAUUUGUAAGGGUUACAGCAUGAAGAAAUUAAUAAUGAGUCCGAUUUAAUAAUGUGUCAUAAAUAAAGACCAUUUUAAUAUUAAAAGUACAAACAAUAUAUAUGGAUUUGUAUCCUUGUCCAGCCUGAUGAGCAUCUUUUUCUAGGUCCUCAGAAAUCUCCUUUGUUCGUGCCAUGAUACAUUCCCACAAAAGUGUGUUGUGAAGAUCAUACUUUGAUAGAACCCUGUGCUUUAAAUAAAACAGGGCGCUUCCUCACUCACACCUGAUUGUCAUCCCAUUGAUUGAAAACACCUGACUCUAAACACCUAAUUUCACCUUCAAAUGAACUGCUAAUCUGAAAUGUUCACAUACUUUUGCCACUCACAGAUAUGUAACAUUGGAUCAUUUUCCUCAAUAAAUAAAUGACCCAGUAUAAUA